AUGUUUUGGGUGAUGUCCCGGCUGCGCGGCAAGCGCCCAGCCGCCCCUAAAAUGUUCGUGCUCGACCUCGCAAAGAUCUCCCCGAUCGCCGUCCACCUGUUUCUGGCCCUCGGCGUGGCUGCCUAUACUCUAUUUGGUGCCGUCGUCAUGCAAUGGCUCGAGACACCACCCGAGAAAAUACUCAAGAAGAAUGAGACGGCAAUGCCGAAACGGGCCGUCGAGCACUUCCCGUACACGGCCACUCGCGUCUUCCUCGGCACCGAAAUUGGGGAAUUUGAUCCGGAGGUUCACCUGUGCGUGGAGAGGGAAGUGAAGCGAUUGCUGACGAAACCUCGAUGUCUCCACCUCGAUCAUGUCUCCAUCCAUGAUAUCGAUCUGUGCUACCGGUUUGCCAACUUCUCUGCCGGCUUCAACCGCCGCAACAAGAUCCCGGCCCCUCGAAAAACGAAGCAACAAGUGAUCGACGAAGAGACGGCGGAUAUUGUGAAUCGAUGGAGCUUCGAGAAUGCCAUCAUUUUUGCCUUUACCGUCAUCACGACCAUUGGGUACGGCCACGUGGCCCCGGUGACAUUCUGGGGGCGAGUGUUUUGUAUCGUUUAUGGCGUGAUUGGCGUGCCAUUGACAUUAUUGACGAUUGCUGAUAUGGGAAUGUUUAUUUCGAAGAUAUUGGCACAGACGACCCAGCUGAUACGAUCAAUGCCAAAAUGGGCCAAGGCAGCCUGGCAAUUAUUACGCCGUAAGGCAAAGAGCACCUCUUCCCCGAAACAAAAAGAGAAUGGACUGCUCGAGCAGGAGGCCGUAGAGGGAGAGGAUGAAGAUGAACCACCGCCGGAAGCCGAGGGGCAACGGCGCUCCGAUGAGUCAAUACUGCUUGGACUCCUCUUUUUCGGGUAUCUAAUGUUGGGAGCAAAGGUGCUCUCCUCCUACGAGCCGGAUAUGGCCUAUUUCGAGGCAUUCUACUUCAAUUUCGUCACCCUGACCACCAUUGGGUUAGGGGAUUUUGUCCCCAAAAGCUACGAUUACCUGUUCGUGACGUUGUGCUAUAUUGGGAUCGGGUUGGCGCUGACGACAAUGUCAGUCGAAAUCGCGGCCGACACCCUCAAGAAGCUGCACCAUUUCGGGCGAAAGGUGGAGAACGUCGCGCAGACGAUGGUCUGGUUUGGAGGCAAAAAAAUGACGAUGAAGGCGCUGGUGAAACACCUGGGCGAUCAGCUGAACAUCCCCGAGGACGAGCUGGCCAAGUUCGACUUUGACGAAUUUGUGGGGAAUGCGGUGAAGGUGGAGGCGGGCGAGAUGGAGACGCUCAGGAAGCCGUCACUUUCGGGAGAUGGAGUCCGAUUCCGCGACAGAACCCUCUCUUACACCCAACUGCGCCAUUCGGACGAGUCGGAGGCCCUGAAAUACGCCGACGAACGGACACAACGAUACGGAAAAGCCAUCUACCAUCGUUUUCCGCAACACCCCUAUGCCCAUUUGGACGACGCCACGAUGCGGCCACCGGUGACCAGGGCCAUUUUACCCCAAACUGCACGAGGGCCCCAAUCGCCGAGCUGUCGAAGGCAGAUGACGUUGAGCAAGGCGGAAUGUGAAGAGAUCCAGGAUAACGAGACGAUAGCGCUGGAAUCGAUCUACGGCGACGACGUGCAAAUCGUGAAAGGCGCCUGGAAGGUAUGGCACCCGCUGGAGGCGAUCGUCGCCCUUGGCCCCUCGCAAAGUGACAGCCGCCACGGUGAUGAUGGAAUGGCUGCCGUCCGUGUUCAUCUACACAUCUGCUGCCCGCCCGCAUAUCCCAACGACCCGCCGACGCUGACGCUGGAAAAGCCACAGGGCAUCGGCCACGGCGACCAGGAGCGGCUGCUCCAAGAAUUGGCCGCUCAUGCCAACGAAAAUCGAGGCGAGCCGAUGCUGAUGCAACUGUGCGAGGUUGUCCGCUCGUUUCUCUACGCCAAUUUCCACCCCCGCCAAUCGUUACACCAGGGAAUGGCCGAGGGGCAAGCCGAGAAGGCCCGGGAAGUCCAGCGGCAACGCGUCUCGUCCGAGCAACGCGAAUGGGAAAAAGCGGCCGAGGAAGAGGAGCGGCGACGGCUCGAAGCGGAAUGGAAAAGGGAAGAAGCGCGAGAACGCAUGCGACACGACUCCAUUAAUACUGACCAAGAAUUCCGCCAGAUCGGCCCCCACUCGAUCCGCGUCGUCGACCCAUCCCCACCCGGCCACAGCCGAAAAAUGAAUCCCCAAUGCGUCGAGUGGACGGGAUUGUAUAAGGGUCAAACGGUGCUCGUCUCUCAGUGGAAUUUCGACUUCAACCUCGGCCGCCGGGACAACAGGAAGAAGAUGCCCGAUUUUGGGACGUUUUUGGCCCAGCUCGCCGAGGUGGAAAAGACGUGCUCGGUGCUGCCGGACACGGUCGACGUCGACUCGUCCGCCGUCCCGUACGCCUUCGUGCUCGUCGAGCGGCUCGCCGUCAAGGACACCAAUUUUCACCGCAAACUACGAAAAAUAAAACCAACGAUGGCCGAUCACCAAGUAUCACUAGAAAGGUUCGCAUCUCCUACGCUCAAAACAUUGCCCCUCGUCGACUCGAAUCUCGAGGCGCUGGCCGAGAAGCUCGUCCACGAUACAGGAGCCCUCCGUCGUCUAGCGACCUCUUGUGUCUGCGGGCUGAGGUGGCUGCACGAGCAGCAAAUCGCCCACGCAUCCAUCGCCCCUUCAUCGCUGUGGACCGACGACUGCACGGCGUUCCGGCUGAGCGACUGGAAAAUCGGACGGUGCCUCGCCCAGCUGGCCGACACGUUCAGCGCGACCAUCGAGGGCCGUCCGCUCGCCGAUCCAACGGCCGCCAAAAUCGAGCCAAAAGCCCUGAAGAAACGCGAUCUGUUUGCGCUUGGCCGUCUGCUGGACAGUUUGGGGACGGGGCCAUCCGGCGACGCGUCAUCCAUCGGCCACUCCCUGCUGCAGUCCUUUGUUGCGGCAUGCCAGGCUGCCAAAUCCGUCUACGAGCUCGCCGACCACGCAUAUCUCUCCGCCGAUGCGCUUCCGCCAAUGACGGAUGGUAGUUGCUCGAGCCUCGGGCUGAAGGCGGUCACCGGUGCAUCGACAAGACUCGGCCGCGACUUCUUCCUCAUCAAAAGUCUCGGCAAAGGCGCCUUCGGUGAGGUGUUGCUGGCCCGCAAUCGACUCGACCUCGUUCACUAUGCUGUCAAGCUGAUCACGCUCGACCCGCGGAACGAGCGUUUCAACCGCAAGAUGACGCGCGAGGCCAAGCUGUUCGCCAAGCUCAACCACCCGCAUGUCGUCCGAUAUUAUAACGCGUGGAUCGACAGCGCACCGCAGACGAAGGCCAGCCCUGCGGCGGCGAUCGCUGCCAAGACGCCGAAAGGGCCGAUGAAAAGCUGCAAAUCGACGCGGCCGAUGGUGGCUACCGAUGAGCCGAAGGCCGGCCGACAGCCCGCAUACGGAGAUGACGUCUCGACGCCACCCAGCACCGAGAAAGACACAUGGGACACUGCCUCACGCCGUUCCCCGUCCAAAGGAAAGAAAGAAGCCGACGCCACGCUGCCCACCCGGAUCAUGUACAUUCAGAUGGAGUAUUGUGUCAAGGGCACGUUGAGGGGCCUGAUCGAUUCGGGAGCCGUACUGGGGAAUGUGCGCCAGGGGUGGCGCAUCUUUGGCCAAAUUCUCUCCGGACUCGACUACAUCCACUCGCAGGGGAUGAUCCAUCGGGAUAUCAAACCGAUGAACAUCCUGAUCGACGGCAAUGAUCAUAUCAAGAUUGGCGACUUCGGGCUGGCCACUAGAGAGCUCUUUGUGCGCAAGGAUACGGCCGUCGGCCAUGAACAGGGCUCGUCCAGCCAUGGCGGUUCGGAGGGGAUGACGACACAAAUUGGCACCGAGCUCUACAUGGCCCCAGAAUUGUUGACGGCCACCGAGGGACAGCCAUAUUCGGCAAAAGUUGACGUUUACAGCACCGGCAUCGUCCUUUUCGAGCUGUUCUACCGUCCCCUACCGCCGGGCAUGGAGCGUAUCUCCUGUCUCCGCGGCCUUCGAACCCAUUCCGUGUGCCCGGCCGACUUCAUGGAGACGAUGCCCGCCCAGGGCGGAGUGUGCCGUCGUCUUGUCGAGGAGAUGAUCUCCGUCGACCCGUCGGCCCGCCCCUCGAUUCAAUCCAUCAUCUCUCAGGGCAAAGUGCCGGCCACCGAAGUAGAUGAUCUCGCUUUUCAGAAAUGCUUCACCCAAGCCCUGCGCCGUCGUACGGGCAAUCUGUUCUCGUGGAUGAUGCGUGAAUUGGGGGAAACAUGCCCGCCAGCCCCGUUGACGAGACGAUUCGAUGCUGGAGUAUGCCGAUGGAGGGAUGUCGAUGAAGCGGUGGCGAGGGAGACGGCCAGGGAAAGACUCUGCCAAGCCCUUCGACGCAUACUAAAACGUCACUCGUUCUUCCCGACGCCUCAACACCUACUGACGCCGGCAGGGGAAGCGCGUGCCGUCUGCGAGCCGACAAAGAUGCCCCACGUACUCAUCGAUUCGACGGCCAUUCCGGUUGCAUUACCUCCCGAUCUGCGGUGUAACUUUGUGCGCUUCUGCGCGCGCAACGCCAUCAAACGGAUGAAGCGCUACGCGUUUGGCAAGGUCUUUGCGGCACGUGAAGGUGGUACGGGCGGUGUACACCCCGACGAGCACUGGGAGUUGAGCCUCGACGUCCUCGGCAAGUCGACCACCGACGAGGCGCUCGAGAUCCAGUUGUUGACGGCGGUCUCGGACAUUCUGCACGACACUUUUCCUGAUGAGACACGCUUUGUAUUACGAUUGGGCCAUAUGGGCCUCGUGGACGCCAUCUUCCGCCACCACGGACUCAGCACGGAGCUACGCGAUCGUGUCCUCGAUGUACUCCACGAACAAUCCGCCUCAGCGAGACAGCCCGGAGCGACGGAACGGGUCGAUAUCCUGUCAGAAGUGGUGGGCACUCGAUUGGCCACUUCUCUCGCCUCUUUCUGGCUCUCAUCCCCAUCAGCCAGCGCCAUACGGGAAGAGGGGAAGAUGUUGCUGAAAAGUCGCGAUGAACCCCUUCGUGACGCGUGCAAGACGGCCAUCGCCCAUCUCGAGCGGAUCGUCGAAUUGUUUAGAGACCAAAACAUUGACAUCGAGUUGUGCCCGUUGCUCGUCUACCGCCCCCGCACAUUUGCCGACGGUCUCGUCUUCCAGUUCGGUGCUCAUCUACUGCGCAAGGGACGUCUUGGGGUGUAUCCCGUUGUGGCCGGAGGCCGAUACGACGGGAUGCUGACGCGGAUACGUGGCCCCGAAGAUGAGAAGCCGCCGGGCGAGCUGGCGCUGUGCGGUUGUUCCCUAAACCUUGACCUCCUCCUUGGACUCGGUGGCCAACAACAAAAUACCGCCGCCCCAGCCCCAUGCCAGGUGCUUCUCGGCUCGUUCACCCGGGCGAUGACCAUCGAGAAGCUGGCGUUGGCCCGGCAAUUACGCGAUGAAUUCUGCGACCGCCGUGAAAUCCCGUUCCAUCUGAUCAUGUUCGACUCGAAUCUGGUGCUCACCCGAACGCCCCGCCAAGAUUUUGGAAAACUGGAGACGAGGCGCGCCGUCGAGACCGUACUCCGGCAGUUGGCCACGCCCACCACCGAAGCCCCGCCCCACGAUACACCACACUCGGAUCGCCGUGCCCCAUUGGCCAAAAGCGCCUCGUCCACGACACACCCAUUGACGCCCACCCACUCGACGGCCGCCCCAUUCUCUUCACAGCAGCAGCAACAACAGCAACAGCAACACGGCAGCUGUCAGUCCAUCUCAUUCCUAUGGGCACUCGUCGAAAGACCCGGAUAUACGGCCAAGAAACGCAUCGAGGGUCGAUGCGAUGCCCUCCUCAGCGAUCUGAUGCAAAAGCUGUCCGCUCGUGUCCAAUUGACGGUCGUUGUGACUGAUAUCAUCGCCGAAGUCCUCCAAUCUUUGUCCUCAAAAAUUUCGCUACCGCUCGACCCUGAACAGCUUCGCCUCGUCUUCGACCGCAUGGCCAAGCAGUUUGGCCGGUGGAAAGAGGAAUUGGAGGCAAUCUACAGCACACUGAAGACGUUCUCCGCGUCGUCGCGUCACUCGACUCCAUCCCUCGUUCUCGCCAUCUAUUCCACCCCUUCUGAUGAAGCCAUCACCUCGUUUCUUCGGCACAAAUUCGACGAGCUGGUGGAGAAACAAAAGGAUGGGCAAUGCCUCGUCUGCUUGGAUGCCUGCAGAAACGAGGCGGACAAGGAGAUUUUGAAAUUGCCCUGCCGCCACUUUUGCCAUUCCGACUGCAUCCUGAUGUGGUUGAAGAAGGCGAAUUCGUGUCCGGCCUGCCGCCAUCGACUGCCCACUGACGCCGAAGCCAUCGCCUCAUUUCCGCGACCGAAAUUUGGCGAGUUUGCCGAUAAAAAGGAUGGGCAAUCUGCUUGGAUACCUGGAGAAUCGAGGCGACGG